GAAGCAGCCAGGGAUCUCUCCCCUCUAACCCUUUUUCUACAUUGUGCUGCCCACUAAGAAAACCCACCAGGUGCCUUGGUAUCCACCCCUCUCUCGCCCACACACCAGGCACACACACACACACCCAUCAGAUUUCUUUCUCGCUCCCUGAAGAAACCAGAAUUUCUGAGCAAGAGUAAAGAAAAUCUAAAGAGAUUGGUGAAAGCAGCUGAGGGGAGAAGCUGAGAUACUAAAAAGAUCGCCUCCUGAAUGGGAUUGUGGAAGAAUAAAGCGGUGCUAUUAAAGAAGACUCACAACAGGGAGCCAGCUUUUCUGGAUUCUCUGGGGGAGGAGAGAAAUCCAGAGUGGAGAGAGUUAGGGUGAUCCCUUUUGGAGAGGAGUAGGGCUUAGGCAGGUGUGGGAUUUGUGGAGGUUUCGGAGUCCUGGGUUCCUCCUCUCUCUGUAUGCUGAACCCCCCCCCCUAGCUGUCUGUUGUCUUGUUUUGGAGUUCAGAGUUCCCUGUGACAAAUGUGGAAGGCAGGUUGCCCUUUGGCAGGGUCCCAUCCAGGCCUUGUUAAUGAAUAACUUCGGACACACAGUGGGAGAAAUGGACAUAUAUUUCAGAGGGGUGCUCAAAUCCCAGGUACUUACAAGGCCGUCCUGUCAGCCUGCAAGACAAAAUCCAGGAGCUUCGGCUGCCACCCUGGCACCCAUUAAUUUUGGUUCCUUUCUCAGAGCACCCAGGAAUCUUGUGUCUCUGCACCCUUGUCUCAUUCUGCAUUAUCUAGGAGGCGCUAAUACCCACUCCCAAAAACUUUCCUCGGACCAGCUAACCAUUGCCUCUCCCCCAGAGAACGCAGGAGAGAACCUGUCUCCCCAAAACAUAGGUGUAGUCAAGAGACGCGGGUUGCAUCCUCCUCGCAUCAUGUCCUCGCUCCUUUUCCUGGCACUGCUGGCGGUUCUCUGGUUCUCACAAGGCUCUGGACAAGUGGGAGUCAGGAAUCUGACCGACCCCAAAUGUCCACUGCGGAAGAAGAAUUUUACAAUGCUGACAGGGCAGACGUGCCAGAAGAACUGUGAGCGCCGCAGGUGCUCUAAAAGCAGGAAGUGUGAAUGUGACGGGGAAUGUGGAAUGAGCUGCAUUUCUACAGGCUUGAGGUGUGCAUGGCCGGUGACAAUUGACAAUGCUGAGACACAACUGGUCCAGGAAUCCACUAUGUUUGGGGACUUAAUGGAGGUGACAUGCAAGCCUGGAUUUAUAAUGGCUGAUGGGCAGGAAGUGGCAGUAAGCCGCUGCCAAGGAGACGCGAAGUGGAGCUUCACUUUACCCUGUGAAGAUGCUCGUAACCCACCAUCCCACUGCAAAUCUCCACCAGAGAUCGAAAAUGGAUCCCAUGAAGGGGGCCCUUACAACACAGGAAGGGAAGUGCACUACUGGUGUGACUAUGGAUAUCGCCUAGAGGGACCCAGCUCUCUUUUAUGCCAAGAGAAUGAGGAAUGGUCACAUGCAGCCCCAACCUGCCACCCUGUGACCUGUUCCCGACCCCCCAAUAUUGCUGAAGCAACCCUGGUUGCUGUGCACCAGUCUGAAUACCCUGUGGGAACUGUCAUCUAUUACUUGUGUAACAAGGACUUCCUCUUAGAUGGCUCUAACAGAGUGGUUUGCCUGGAGAAUGGAAACUGGUCCCAACUACCCUACUGCAGAGCCCGCUGUCCCAUCACUGCCAAGAGGAGCCGGAUGAUCUACCAAGGGCGUAAGCUCUGGGUCUAUGAGAUCCCUGAUGGUCUGGUUCAUCAUGGAGAAAUUGUCACGUUUUUCUGCCGUAGUGAGAACAAGACCUGCAGUUUUACGGCCGACAGCCAGUGUUUCGAUGGUGUGUUGAAGAUGCCCGACUGCUACGAUGAGCCUACCUAUCUGCAAUACCACCUGUUCCCCAAAAGAGUUGUAUCUGAAAUACCUGCUUGUUGAGCACCCCUUCAACCCAUACAUUCCCCAAUGAGAUGCUUC